CACUCUCUUGAUCUUCAAAAAGGUGUCAAGUUACGGAUACUCACUGAAAAGCAACAAUAUCAGUUACACAGCAUAUUCCUCAACAUGACCUCCAAAGUCUUCAUUAUUACAGGCGCCAGUAAGGGCAUUGGCGCCGCCAUUACCCGUUAUCUACUUAACCAAUCCCACAAGGUUGUUAUUACAGCUCGAUCAUCUGAACCAUUGGAGGGGUUGAAGAAAUGGCACCCUGAACAGGUCCAAUUCAUUGCUGGAGACGUUGCCGAACCUCAGCUGCCUUCAAAGCUUGUUGACCUUGCUGUAUCCUCGUUCGGCAAGGUUGAUGGUCUGGUUAUCAACCAUGGCAUGUUGGCGCCCAAGAAGUUUGCAGACACCACGCUCGAAGAGUGGAAGAAGAUUUAUGACAUCAACGUCUUCAGCGGUAUUGCCUUGGCCCAAGCUGCGAUCCAAGAGCUGCGCAAAUCCAAAGGCUGCAUUGUCUGGGUGUCGUCAGGAGCAGCAGCCAAGCAAUAUGCCGCCUGGUCAAGUUACGGUUCAUCAAAGGCUGUCUACAAUUCUGUCUCGGCUCACAUUGCGCUCGAAGAGCCUGACAUCACUAGCGUUGCUAUUGCACCAGGUCGAGUCGACACUGAGAUGCAAGGAGUACUGAGAUCAGAAGGCCAAUCAUCAAUGAACAAGGCACAAUACGAUUCCUUCGUCGAAGCGAAAGAAAAGGGUAUCCUGCUCAAGCCCGAGCAGCCAGGGACUGUUAUGGCAAAGUUUGUCGCAGACCCGCUCAAAGAGCUGAGCGGCAAAUUCUUCUCAUGGAACUCACCAGAGGUCGAAGCAUACCAAGAAUAGGUUUUAGCUUAGGGAUGUUGGAAGUACCUGGAUAUCUCAAGCAGUGUUAGCUUAAUGUCUUUGCAUAUGAUUUUAAGUAGAUAAAAGAUAGAAAGACAAAUGCAAGUCAGUCGAAAGAUGAAAAGCUCUUAGUUUGCUCCACAUGGACAUUCGGAUUUAGCAUGGAAUGUAAGUUUCUUCAUCAUAGCAUUUGAUGUUGGUAGUAGAAAGAAAUACAAGUUUGUUCUUACCUGAU